UCGAGAUUUUUAAACAGCUCGCUCAUUUUAUUCGAUAUUUCGCUACAGUUUGAAUGAUUUUCAUUUGUCCGUGUCCAAAAUGUUUGACGAAAAACUUUUCCACACAAAAAAUACGAUCACAAAGAGCACACAGAAUUCAAUACUGCACACAAUAAAAAAAAAACUAAUUCUGUCAAAAAUGGAACCCAUACGCGAUGUGUCAAUAAUACGUAAUGUCAAAAUAAAUAUAUUAGUACUGUCAAAACAACCUGACAUUGAUUAUAGUUUGCACGUUGUUUUGUUUACUUGAUUCGGUGUCUUUUUCGGCGAAUUAUCGAUAUUAUUUGAAAUUUGAAUAUGGAUCCAGAUCAAAAUCAACGGAGCAAUGUAAACUUUUUGAUAAAAGCCGCUAGUCUUUUGCCGAACGCGAAUUUUGCACACAAACUUCUUAAAUCGUAUUAUUUAACAAAGUGUAAAAAAUUGGUACAUUCGAAUCCAAAUCAAUCAAAAACGCAACUAAAUGAAGAGGAAAUGUGCCGUAAAUGCUCAUCACCAUGGUGGGAUACGAAUUAUUCAUUAUCAAUUGCACCAGUCAAAGUGACAAAGCGAAAGGCACAAAAAUUGCAGAAGCAAAUCGAUGAUAAAUCAAAACGAAAGGGACCGUUGGCCAAAAAAUUGUCGAAAAAAUUGAACAACAUCGUGACUAUAAAGUGUGAUCUAUGCAAGAACAAGAAUAAGGUUAUAUUGUACAAGAAGUCAGUGUUGGAAUCGAAACUUCAAAAAUCAGAGACAACGCAGACAAAGCGACAAAGUGAAUUGAUAGUAACACCACAGCAGCCGUCAUCAUCAAAGAAGAAACGAAAGAAGGACAAAAACGCUGGAUUGCUCUAUACAUUGAAAAAAGAUGAGGGAAAGACGGCUAAGAAGAUAAUCAAUCUCUGUGAACAAACUCAGACACUGAACAUUCAGAAAAAAUCCGUUGUUGCUGCGGCACAUACGAAUCAACCGAAUAAAAAUUCACAGAAAAAUGGCCAUCACACUGGAAACAAAAACUCCAAUCAAAAAGGAAAAGGCCCAAAGGUGAAAUCGAAGAAGAAUAUUUCACAACCUCCACCAAAGCGUAACAAUCUAUUGCUGUUGGCCAAUGCUCUCAAAGCAAAGAGUACAUCAACGCCCAAUUCACAUACAGAUAAAUUAAAACAAUUGUUACGAUAAUGAAUAAACAUUUUAAUUUCUUGAAAAUAUAAA